AUGGCUAGGGAUACAGUGGAUGCCAUCAGCGUGGAGAUGCUACAUGAGGACCAUAUCUAUGGACAUCCGGCCCGAGCCAGGAACACUGCCAGAAGAGGAAACUGCACAGAUAGGGCUCUCACCUGCUGCCUGGUGUCCAUCCUCAUCCUGGCAGGACUCAUUGGCUACCUGUUUAUUUGCCAGAUCCAGACCCCUAAGGAGGGCUGCAAGAGUAAGGUUCCAAGGGGCGUGGAGACUACACCUAUUUCUGCACCAUUUUAUUCACCUCCUGAAGUUCACAGAGAUAAACCAAGGGCACAUCUAACAGUUGCAGUUCAGAAACCAGAUACCAUAUCUACCUCGGAAAAUUUCUUCCCAGUUCUGCGUUGGCAAGAUCGAGGUGUGUUGGCCUUCACCAAGAACUGGAUGAACUACACCAGUAAAUUCCUGGUGAUCCCAGAGUCGGGAGAAUACUUUGUGUACUCCCACGUCACAUUUCGAGGUGGUAAGACUUGUGAUAAAAAUUCAUUAAAGCCCCAAUCCAUCAUUGUGGCCAUUACCAUGGUAUCAGACAGAUUCCCUCAUCCAAUGCAGCUACUAAGGGGAACCAAGUCUGUGUGUGAAACCGGCGACACCUGGUUUCAACCUAUUUAUUUAGGGGCCAUGUUCUCCCUCCGAGAAGGGGACAAGCUGAUGGUAAAUGUCAGUGACACAACUUUGGUUGACUACACAACAGAAGAAAAAACUUUCUUUGGAUCUUUUUUGCUGUAG